UUCUUUUUCCUUUUUUCUUUUUAAUAUGUUAAUAGUUGUUCUGGUUGGCUUUGAGUAUGAUUUUCCCUCAAAUUUAUUUAUUGCGGUGUGUUUGGGGGGAUUUAAAAUAAGGAUUGGAAAAUAAAUAAAUAAAAAUAAAAAUAAUAGGGAUUGGAACUUAUUGCAAGGAAUCAAGUUGAAGUUGGUAAAUUGGUUGGUUUGGUUACGUAGUUAAUUGCAUGUAAAAGCUAGCAGAACAUUUUUCAUGGUACAAGGAUGUCUACUUCAACUUCUAAAGCCAAUUGGACACCUGCAUUCCAUAAAAUAUUUGUUGAUUUAUGCCUCAACGAAAUGUUGAAGAGGAAUGAGCCCGGGACACAUAUUAUUACUAAGGAGGGGUGGAGGAACAUUAUUGGAUCAUUUUAUGCAAAGACUGGUGUGAGAUAUGACAAAAAACAAUUUAAGAAUCACUAUGAUUCAACCAGAAAACAAUGGAAAGUGUGGGUUAAGUUGACUAGUGAUAGUAGCAUGAAAUGGGACCCAAAAACCAAUGAGUUUGGUGCUUCUGAGGAAGACUGGAACAAUUAUAUCAAGGCAAUCCCAGAAGCUGCACAGUUUCAGUCUAAGGAAAUAGAGUUUAAAGACAAAUUGGAUAUCAUCUUUUAUGGAGGAAUACCAACUGGGGAAACGAGAAGUUCAACCAGUCUUAAGUGGCAGAAUGAUGCUUCAGCUACAUCUCCUUUGCGUGGAAAAGAGCAAGAGAUGAAACGUAAGAAUGUUGGUGGAGAUUGUGAAUCAAAUAGUGACAUUUUGAUUAAUGCUACGCCAACUAUAAAAGCCACUUGGACACCUGCACACCAUAAAAUAUUUGUUGAUUUAUGCCUUGAAGAAACAUUGAAGGGGAAUAACUCUGGGACACAUUUUACCAAGGAGGGUUGGAGGAAUAUUGUUGGAUACUUUUAUGCAAAGAGUGGUCUGAGUUAUGACAAAAAACAAAUUAAGAAUCACUAUGAUUCAACCAGAAAACAAUGGAAAGUCUGGGUUAAGUUGAUUGGUGAUGAUAGGAUGAAAUGGGACCCGGAAACCAAUAAGUUUGGUGCUUCUGAAGAUGACUGGCGUAAUUGUAUUAAGUUAAUUCCAGAAGCUGCACAAUUUCGGUUUAAGGAAAUCCAGUUUUCUGACAAAUUGGACAUCAUCUUUGAUGGAGGAAUGGAAACUGGGGAAAUGAAAACAUCAACCAGGCUUAAGAGGCAGAGUGAUGCUUCAGCUGCAUCUCCAUUGCGUGGAAAAGAGCGAGAAGAGAAACGGAGGAAUGUUGCUAGGAAUUGUGAAAUAAAGAGUGCUAUUGUGUUUAAUGCUAUACCAAUCAAUACGAUUACAAGUGAGCAAAGCAUGUCCAGUUCAUCAAAUCCUAUGGUCAAAGCCACUUGGACCCCUUCAGUUUGUGAAUUAGAGAGUACCAUUGUGGUUGAUGCUACGCCGAUCAAUACGAUUACAAGUGAGCAAAGUAUGUCCAGUUCAUCAAAUCCUAAGGUCAAAGCCACUUGGACCCCUUCAGUGCACAAGAUUUUUGUUGAUCUAUGUCUGCAAGAGACAUUAAAGGGGAAUAAGCCUGGGACACAUUUUACAAAGGAAGGUUGGAAGAAUAUUAUGGAAUCAUUUUAUUCGAAAUCUGGUUUGAAUUAUGAUAGAUUACAACUUAAGAAUCGCUGGGAUUCUACCAAGGAACAAUGGAAAAUUUGGUGUAAGCUUAUUGGCACUAAUUACAUGAAAUGGGAUCCAUCAAACCAGAAAUUUGAGGCUAGUGAAGAAGAUUGGACCAACUAUUUACAGGCAAACCCAGAAGCUGCACAAUUUCGCUUUAAGGAAUUACAAUUCACUGACAUAUUGGAAGCCAUCUUUAACGGAACUACUUUUACUGGGGAGACUGAACCUGUUGUGCAACAAAGGAAAAGUGAUGAUAGCGUUAUUACUUUCCCUUUGCAUGCAAAAGUACCUGACGCAGCCAACUUAGAUGAGAAAAUUGAAUGUCUUUGUGAUGCUGUUGCAUCAAGAAAUGGUGUGAGUAUUCAAAACAAUGCUAAUGCAAUUUCAUCCACUGAAAGCAAACGUAAUUAUAGUAUUGGUGAAUGCAUUGAAUGCCUUGAUAGAAUGGAAGAAAUAGAGCAAGGAUGUGACCUCUACUUGUUUGCUUUAGAUGUAUUUCUUAAGCAGGAGUAUAGGGAAAUUUUUCUGCAAUUGAAAAAGCCUAAUCUUAGGAUCUCUUGGUUGCAGCGGCUUCAGUCUGUUGGUCCACCUUUACUCUAGGUUUUUGUUAUACUCAUCUUUUUUUUUGUUUGGUUCCAUUACUUUGUAUAAUUUGGUGCUUAUGCAGUGGUCUGUUCCUUGUACGGCGAUGAUAUAAAUUUUCAAGGGGUGGUUUUACAAAUGUAACAAUACUUUUUUCUAGGUUGUAUA